AUGAAAAAUGUAAAUAUUGACAAAAUUUAAAUGGAUUAUAAAAUUACUAGAAGACAAACUAUUAAUUUUCUAACAAUCUUUAAAUGCUUAUUAAAUCGUGAACCACAACCAAGUAAAUUAUUGAUAUCUAAAGCCAACUUACUCUUGGCUUAUCCAUAUUUAAUGAUGGAGGGAUAAUCAUGUGGAUAUGAUACAUUUCUAUUCAUUAAAGAAACAAAGAUGUCUAGGUUUAGUUUCGAAGAAUUUGUAAAAAUAUUCAUUUAAGGAAAAGCAUGA